AUGUUAAGUUUAGAAGAGAACUCCAUCAUAGCAUCCCAUAUUGCCCACAACCGUGCUCGCGAAGCCUUUUCGCUCUUGGGUAAUGUUGCUCCCCUUUGUGCCGAAAUUGGAGGGCCCACUUAUAACUCGCUCUUGGCUGCCCUUGCCUCUGAUGGGUGUUUGGAAAGUGCGUACCAGCUGUUUGAGGAAAUGACUCAGAGUGGUAUUGGUUUCAACACACUGGGAUUUGGGGUGUUUCUUUGGCGGGUUUGUGGAGAGGGUGAUGUGGAAAGGGUGGUGAGGUUGUUGGAUGAGGUUAAGGAAUGUGGUUCUGGGAUUAAUGGUUCUGUUGUGGCGGUUUUGACUGUUCAUGGGUUGUGUCGGGCUUCUAAGGUAUCGGAGGCUUUGUGGAUGUUGGGUGAUCUCAGGAGUAGGGGUUGGAAACCCGAUUUCAUGGCUUACUGGGUUGUUGCCGCAGGGUUCCGAUCAAUGAGGAAUGUGGCUGAUGAAGUGAAAGUUUUAAAGAUGAAGAGGAAGUUAGGGGUGGCUCCUAGAAGCAGUGAUUACAAGGACUUGAUACUUGACUUGAUUACGGAGAGAAGGAUGUGUGAAGCAAAAGAAGUUGGGGAGGUUAUAAUUGGUGGUAAUUUUCCUGUUGAUGACGACGUUCUCAAUGCAUUGAUAGGAUCGAGAGGUUCCCAACUAUUUUGA